AUGGCUGUAACUCCGCGCAGCCGCAGCCGCAGCGCCACGGCCUCUGCCAGCGCUUCCCCUUCCAAAUCCAACGGUCGCAGACAGGCUGCUACCAUUACGAUCGACAUGUCUGACGACGAAGACAUGGAAGAUGAGAAGCCAGCAAGUAACGGCCGCUCUUCCAAGUCCAAGGGGGCAUCACAGGCCCUCGAAGUCAAAGACGAUGAAGACGAGGAGGAGGGAGACGAAGAGGAGGAGUUCGAGGUCGAGGCAAUUCGCGCACAUCGUCGUUCGAAAGACACAGAUUCGUGGAAAUGCGAGUACCUGGUCAAAUGGAAGGGCUGGCCAGAAGAAGACAACACCUGGGAGCCCGAAAAGAACCUUGUCGAGGGUGGACAGACGCUUGUGGACGACUACUGGAAAGACCAACCUUCCAAGUCGCAGCCCAAGAAAUUUGAGCAGAUCCGCAAGCGCAAGUCUCAGCACGAUGUCGAGGACGACGAGGACGAAGACGAAGAGUCUGCAGAGGAAGAUAUCAAGCCGUCCAGCAGGGGCAAAGCAAAGAAGUCAGGACGAGCAAGCGCAGCAUCGUCGAAGCACUCGAGCCCCGCGAAAAAGCCGCGCACGUCCACAUCGAGCCGACGUGCGCCUCCUACUUCGGACACGGACGAGGGCGAAGACAACAGCGACGACCCUAAUCCGGCGGGCCAACGCAAGGCUAUCGAACGCGUUCGUCAGCGCUAUCUGAACAUGUACCAACAAAAAGACGACUGGGAGAACAGAGUCGAGAGCAUUCUCAACAUGCAGCGCGAUCCCAAGGACAGUCGGCUGCAGAGCUACGUCCAGUUCGGACCCCACCCGCAGUGGAUCAGUACCAUGGAAGAGAUGUUCCCCGGCACGAGCGACAACGAUGGCAAGGGCCCUCGACUUUGGGUGGACAACGACAUUUGCAACGACAAGUGCCCGCAGAAGGUCAUCGAGUUCUACGAGGACCACGUGCGAUUCACCAAUCCGCAGCCAGCACGUAAAUAG